GUUUUAAAAAGCUCAGCCUGUGGAGGGCUGUGAUCCGCAUACCACACAGUGUGUGUCCCGACAGAGACCCCUGAAACAAUCCGGGGGUCCACAUCUCAUCAAAUGUCUUAGAAAAUAAUAAUAAUCAAAAAGCUGGAUGACUGCAAAGAGCUCCGUUAGAUGAAAGUCUGAAGAGGACGCGGUUCUUCUGGCCCAUGGAAUAAAACCAGGUCUGCUAAACAUCAUGUCAGGAAAAUCAGAUGUGAAAAAUAAGUGGGCGACAGUCAGGGACCGCCUGGGCUCCUCGCAGGACUCGGACACCCAGCAGGAGGCCAACCUGGAGAGUGCCGACCCAGAGCUGUGCAUCCGACUCCUGCAAGUCCCCACUGUUGUCAACUACUCUGGGCUGAAGCGCCGCCUGGAGGGCAGCGACCAGACAUGGAUGGUCCAGUUCCUGGAGCUGAGCGGGCUGGAUCUCCUCCUGGAGGCUCUGGACCGACUCUCGGGUCGGGGAUGCUCUCGCAUUGCGGACGCCUUGCUGCAGCUCACGUGCGUCAGCUGCGUCCGCGCGGUGAUGAACUCAUCGGCGGGGAUCCACUUCAUUAUAGAGAACGAGGGAUACAUUCGGAAGCUCUCACAAGCUUUGGACACGUCAAACAUCAUGGUGAAGAAGCAGGUGUUUGAGCUUCUUGCAGCCCUCAGCAUAUUCUCAGCCGAAGGUCACUGUCUGGCGCUCGACGCCCUGGAUCAUUACAAGGGUUUGAAGGCACGUCAGUAUCGUUUCAGCGUGAUCAUGCACGAGCUGCAGGCCACGGAUAACGUCCCAUACAUGGUCACGCUGCUCAGUGUCAUCAACGCGCUCAUCUUCAGUACAGACGACCUGAGACAGAGAGAUAAAAUAAGAAAGGAGUUUAUCGGCCUCCAGCUGCUUGACAUCCUGCCGAAAUUAAGGGAGCAGGAGGACGAAGACUUGAUAAUUCAGUGUGAAGCUUUCGAGGAGGCGAUGGCGGAGGAUGAGGAGGAGCUGCUGCGAGUGUAUGGAGGGAUUGACAUGAGCGAUCACCAGGAGGUUUUCACCGCACUCUUCAACAAGGUGAGCAGCUCUCCAGCUUCCCUCCAGCUACUGUCCAUCCUGCAGACAAUGAUGGUGCUCGGACCGGUCCGCACAGACAUCUGGCUGGCUCUUGAGGCUAUCACUAACAGAGCCAUACUCCUCGCCCAGGACUCUCAGAUGGAGUCCUGCGAGAAGAUCCUGCAGCGGCUGAUGCUUUUCAAACGGAGGAGCAGCAGCUUCGUGUCGGGUCGCCACGAUGUCGACGAGCUCGUGGUGAAGGUGGACAAGGCCGUGCAGACUGACCUGCACAGACGAGACGAAGACAAGCCGGACAUGGUCACUCGGAAGUUACCGUGUGCCCCACCUCCACCACCUCCUCCACCACUACCUGGAGGGCUUGGCAGUCCCCCACCACCUCCUCCUCCACCAUUACCAGGAGGGUUUGGCAGUCCCCCACCACCACCUCCUCCACCAUUACCAGGAGGGUUUGGCAGUCCCCCACCACCUCCGCCACCUCCUCUAAUGCCUGGAAUGUCUGCCCCGCCUCCUCCACCACCAUUACCAGGGAUGGGGGGUGCACCACCGCCACCUCCACUCUUACCUGGGAUGCUUCCUCCACCACCUCCUCCCCCUGGCUUGAUGGUGGCUCAGAGCGCCCAGGCGCUGGACUCCUGCACGCCGGGGAAGCCGAGCAGAUGUCCCACUCUGAAGAUGAAGAAGCUCAACUGGCAGAAACUCCGUCGAGUUUCAGAUGGCCAGUCCAUGUGGGCCUCGGUUCAGAAAGAAAUGCCUCCUCACGAGCCAAACUACAGCAGCAUCGAGGAGCUGUUCUGCCUCCCAGUGAUCGAGCCCAAAGAGAAGGGGGCCGCUACUCCUGCCAAGAAGGAGCCCAAAGAGAUAACGUUCAUUGACCCGAAAAAAAACUUGAAUAUGAACAUAUUUCUGAAACAGUUCAAAUGCAAAAAUGAGGAGUUUGUUGCCAUGAUCCAGAAGGGAGAUCGCAGAAAGUUUGAUGUAGAGGCACUAAAACAACUUCUUAAGCUCCUGCCGGAGAAGCAUGAGAUUGAAAAUUUGAAGUCUUUCCAAGGGGAGAAAGACAAGUUGGCGAAUGUAGACCGUUUCUACACUUCCCUCUUGACUAUUCCAUGCUAUCGGCUAAGAAUUGAAUGCAUGUUGUUGUGCGAGGAGACAACGUCAGUGUUGGAGAUGCUUAGACCCAAAGUGAGGCUGGUGGAGGAGGCUUGCCAAUCUCUCAGAACGAGCCCACUACUGCCGAGCUUCUGCAGACUCAUCCUCGAUGUUGGAAAUUUUCUCAAUUAUGGGAGCCACACAGGGAAUGCUGAGGGGUUCAAGAUCAGCUCUCUGCUGAAGCUCACAGAGACGAAGGCCAACAAGAGCCGCAUCACGCUGCUCCAUCACAUCCUGGAGGAAGCGGAGGCAAACCACCCGGAGCUGUUGGCUCUGCCUGAUGAUAUACAGAUAUGUGAAAAAGCAGCAGGAGUCAAUCUGGACUCUAUUCAGUCAGAAAUCAGCACUUUGCUAAAACAGCUGAAUGAGACCAUUAAGAAAAUGUCCAACUCUGAGGACGAGGUGAAAGAGCAGUACGCAGAAAUUCUUGAGGAAAACCAAAAAGCGUGUCAAGCUUUAAGUAAAAGAUUCGUUGAGAUUGAGAAGAAGAAGAGCGAUCUGGCCGACUACUUAUGCGAGGACGUGAAUCAGCUGUCGCUCGAGGAGCUCCUCGGAACCAUCAAGACUUUCCGAGAACUUUUCGUCAAGGCGCUGAAGGAAAACAAAAUGAGAAAAGAACAAGCAGCCAAGGCUGAGAAGAGAAAAAAGCAGCUGGCAGAAGAGGAGGCCAAGAGACAGAAAGGAGAAAAUGGAAAAAUAAUCAAGAAAGGCAUUAUGCCCCAAAACGAUGGCUGUAUCAUCGAUCACCUGCUGGCGGAUAUCAGGAAAGGUUUCAGCCUGAGAAAGACCCGGCCAAGGUGCGAUUCGGAAAACCUCCCUUCUAGUGAAAUGCGUAGAGAUACCUGCCCACCUGAGUCAAAUGUGAAGUCUGUGGACGAAAAAAACGCCGAAGCGGACACCACUUCCGCUCCCUCCAAACCACAGAAAGAGGAUCGCCAGCGUCUCGUAGGCGAAGUGAAUGGGUUCAGCAGCCCGUCAGAAGAGACUACGCCAGAUCAACGGCUCACUGUGGCACAAAGUGGGACGGCUGCGCCCCCCAACACCCCCGCAGAAGAGCCAGCCACAGUGACGCGGGUGCCCCUGGACAGACCUGUGCAGCUACAGGAUGGUCACCCAGAGACGCCUGCAGCAUUAAGAUCAGAUGAGACGCCGCCUCAGUCUGUGGGGCAGGUUCCACCUUCUCUGUCCACAAAUGGCUUCUCUUUAGACUCAACAGACACUAGUGUCCUCAGUCCAUCAUCGCUGUCGGACUCGGACCAGGCAGAGGACACGGUGGGCUCGUCCAGCCUGGUGUCUGAGAAGGCGACACCUGAAGAAUCUGGAAACUUCACCCAAGAAAGUUCAUCUGACACAGACUUUAAUGUGAAACACAGCAGUGUAACGGAAGACAAAGAGUUAUGCCACGAGAAAAGCUUUAUAUCAGAAGUGGUGGGACAAGACGUGACCGACGACGGACAAUGUGUGAUUGUGAGAACGAGUGAAGGUUUGAGUGACAGACAUUCAGAAGCUAAAGCCGGUGUGGUUCAGUUCGAUGAAGGCAUCACUAAGUGCGAUGUCCAAGAUGAGCCAGAAGAUGUGCCACCAGCCUCCGAAGCCAUGUCUCCUCUUAAACUCGAACCAAAGAAAUCGCUCAAGCUCUUUAAGCGAAACAAAAAGAGCAAUCCAGGUAACAGUGGGAAAGGACAUAAACAUAAAACGGGCUGUGUGUUGCAGUGAGGCGACUCCAGAAAAAGGAAAGCGCGAGGAAAAAGAAAAUGUUAACCAUGUGCUAAUGGGAGUUCUGAACUGGAAAGACUUAUUUUUGUGGGAAAACGCACAAAAACUGACGGAAGACGAAGUUCUGCAGAAGAAAACUCUGAUUCAGACCUGGAGUUCUCACGGGAUGGAUUUCAACUUGUCACUUUAUGUAAAAUGGUUCUAAAAAAGAAAAAAAAAAUGUAUUUAUAUAUUUCUAUGUUUGUAUCAUUGUAAAAAGUGAAUUGUGUUUUUGCUAUGAGUUCUGGUUAACUAGCAACACCCAUAAGGGUGAAAGUAUUUGCAAGAUAUUUACCUAAUCAAACCUGCUUGUGUCUUAAAUUCUUCUAUAUGCUAUUUAUCUACAGAAGGACAAAUAAU